ACGCAUGUGACGGAAAUCGAACCCAAAAGAAGGAAGAGAAUGAGAUUUGUUUUUGUUGUUUUGUUAUUGUCUUUCAUUUGACAUGUAGCAAUUUCUUAUUUUGUAUUUGAAUAUUCAGUCGGAUGAGAUAUGGCCUUGGUAACCGUCCAAAGAUCUCCAAGUCCAAGCAAUACAGAAUCAGAAGAUGUAGAUACUGAAGAAGGAUCUAAUCUGAAAUCUCCUAACAGGUCCAGAAGGAGAUCCAAGUCAGCACUAAAAAGAUUGAAAAAGCUGUUCCAUACAGUUAGAUUUAUUUCUAAAUUACGACCUUGUUUCAGUGAGAGUUACUUCACAGUUAAAGGUGCUGCUCUGAUAUUGCCUCAGAAUGAUGUGGAAUCAACUUAUACCAAGAAAAUCUGUAAAAGUAGCCAUGGAGAUAUCCAGAACCACUUAGAGUCCAUGAUAGGACUGUUACGAAGACAAGACACAAUAGCACUUGCAGUAAAACUAGAAGUAACAGUUCCAGAGAGACAUAAGUACAUGGCUGUGGUAUCUUGUAUGGGUAAACAAGAUACAGAAGAGACAGUCAUCCUGGGUAUAGACUUCUGUGGAAAUAAUCAGGCCACUAUUGGUUUAGUGUUGCCUAUCUGGGCAGAUACUGAGAUAGCGUUAGAUGGAGAUGGUGAGUUUAACGUUACAUCUGGAGGCAACAGACAUAUGUUUAAACCCGUUACAGUGCAUGUCAUGUGGUUUACUCUACAAAGUUUGAAUAAAUUAGUGAAGAUAGCGAGAGAAAACAAGUACAUAGCUGAAGGUCUUUCUCAUACAUGGGUAUCUGUCUAUGAGUCCAGUCUCACGUCAGACAUUCCUCUCAUCAGUGAAUGGAAUACUACAGAAGAUUUAUUGUUUUUCAAAGCAGAACCUGUAUUACUACCCACGGACGAUGAGGAAGAAGCAUUUCUAAAGAGAAUCCGAGUAGAACUGAAGAAUGUAAUGAUGAAAGAAGAUUUAGACGAAGCUACCUCAAAAUAUUUGAGAACCAAAGUAGAAGAAAGAAUGAAUAUGAAGUUAGAUCAAUGGAAAGCUUACAUUGAACAGGAGAUGUUGAUGAUCAUGGGCCAGCUUGAUUCACCAACAUUGAUUAAAGAAUAUUUAUACUUAGGAUCAGAAUGGAAUGCAUCCAAUAUAGAGGAACUCAGUAGAAAUGGUGUUCAUUACAUAUUGAAUAUCAGCAGGGAAAUAGACAACUUUUAUCCUGGUAUCCUACACUACUACAAUAUUAAAGAGUGGGAUUGUGAAGAAACUAAUCUCCUCAAAUACUGGGAAAAUACUCAUAAAUUUAUAUCCAAAGUUAGAGAGAAGAAGGGCAUAGUUCUAGUACAUUGUAAGAUGGGAAUUAGUCGUUCAGCCUCAACAGUGAUUGCAUACUUGAUGAAGGAGUACCACAUGUCACGACAGGAAGGAUAUGACAUGGUAAAGGGAAUGAGAAGUUGUAUCAUGCCUAACAACGCUUUCUGGAAUCAAUUGGAAACUUAUGAAGGAAUCUUGAAUGCAAGCAAUCAAAGACAGAUCUUUAAAUUGCGUUCUGAAACAAAGAUGGAUGAAAAAGUCAAAGAAAUAGAAAAAGAAGAUGUAAUGAGCAAUGAGGAUUUUUUAGGUGUAUAUCAGGAACCCAUUGAUGAAAGUUACUCCGAUGUGUUCCUUAAAGAUAUCUCAGAUAACUGUUCCUAUGACUUUGACAUUGAAAUAGGGAGUAGUUCUAGAAGUGCUGAUUCUAAUGAAGAAUUUUAUCCCGAUCUACCUUCCCCACAACCAGAUGGCGCUCAAGGUAAAGACAUUCCUGACGAGGAUAGUGAUGGUGAUUCUGAAUCUUCAGAUGAAGAUGAGGAGGAAGAAGAUGUUCCUAUCAGUUUUCCACAGAAAAGUAUAUCUCCAACAUCGAAAUCUUCUUCAAGUAGUAAUUUUGUGUCAGAAAAGCUUAUUUCUACAUUGCCAGCCAGUAAACAAACUUUAAACACUGAAAAAGUCCCAACUGAAACAAGAAAAGGUGAAUCUCAUAGUGAUAUGGAUAUAGCUGAGAUUGAAGGUGACUGUGACCUUGAAAGUGACAAAUCAAGGGACACAACUCCAUUGUCAGACUUAGGUAUCCAUCAUCAUUAUAUUAAGGAGAAUAUACCAUGGAGUGCUGGAACUGUUAAGAAAACCAAAGAAAAUUUAGAGGGCAAGAGUAAGGAUGUGUCAGGUCAAGGUUCAAGGUCAGAUGACAUUAAAAGAAAAUUUAAAGAUAUUGAAACUAGUCCCGAGUCGAGUCACUUUUUGUUUGAUGAUCAUGUCACAACAACUACUGAAGGUAUAACUAUUAUAGUGACUGAUGAAUCCGACAGGCUGUUCCAUCCUAUUGAUGGCGUUACUCAAUCAGAAACAAAUGUGGAUAAAGUUCAGGAUGAAAAGUCAGCACAAAAGGAUGAAAAUCAGGAUUUAAAACGACCAGCAUCCGUAUAUGAUUUGGAGGAGAUAUCUCUACCUGCUGGUAUUGUACGUAGAACUACCCAGGAGAUAGAGGAUAGGAAUAGAAUUGACGACCAAUCUCCAGACUCUUUACAUAAAGCUUUACAGAGAUCAUCAAGUUUAAAGACAGAGCGAGACACUCCACGUAAAAAACGCAAUUUAGAAAGACGUAAAACAAUUACUCCAAUCUUAUCAUCAUGCUCGUCUUCAUCAUGUGAUGCUAGUCCAACCAAAGAUAUCAGUGUAUUAAACCUCUCAACGUAUGACUCAGUGUUUACAAGUCCAGCAGUGUUGUCAAGGCAACUUGAUGACGAAAAGAAAGAGUCUGAAAAAACAUUAGAGAAAGACAAUAAGACAGAUUUUGUUAAUAAUGGUGCAAAUAAACUUGAUGAUAAUACUGAGGAGGUUAAAUCUAUGGAACAGGAGGAAGCAGAUUUAGCUGUUUAUAAAUUUCUAGGAGAAGAAGUUUCUGUGAAAAAAGGAAUCGUUAAAAAACAAACUAUGGGUAUACAUAUGUAUAAUGAUGACACACGCAUUGAAUUAAUGAGUCGUGAAAGAUCAUCUUCUGAAACUGAGAAAUCUGAAGUUGGAAGUCGAAGUAGAAAAACAUCUGACAAUGAGGGCAGUGGAUCACAUCCUACCACACCGACAGAAGUCAAAAAGUCAUACAAAGAAAUUGUGGAAGUUACCCCUUCAUGUACUGUUAGUAUGGACAUGCAAAACAAAAUAGAAAAUGUAUUAAGUCUGGAAUCCGAGGAAACUAAAAAACCUUCAGAAUCAGAUGAUAGAAUUGAAGAGAAAACUCCAUUAUUCAGUGUAGCGAAAGAAAGUUUUGAAAGGGCAAGUGCUAAAACAAAAGACCAUGAGGACUCAAUAUUUCAUACACCAAAAAACAAAAAAAGGCCAGGUUUUGAUGCAGCCACCUUAGAAUUGAUUCGAGAAAUAGGGUCUGCAAUUUUAAAUAGUCCCGCCAAAUCUGAAGUUGAGGAUUAUGAAGAGGAGGAAGCCCAAUUAGGAUCAGGUUUAGUGAGGCACUAUGUCAGAGGUAUUGAAAAGAAAACAAGUGUAGCUAAAAAGAAAAAGACUAGAGAGAUUAUAAUUAUAGAUAAAGAAACACAAGAAAAGAAACACUCUUGGCGAUGGAGUAGUCCCCCAGAUCAAAAUAAAGAAUCUCCUAAAGAACUUUCUAAAAAACCACUGAUUCAGUCAAAUAGCAGUCCUGUUCUAUCUACUAAACUGUUCAUACAGUCAGGGAAACCAGGUAAUGAUUCUGAUUUAUCUCCCUUGAAAGGAAGUCCUCCAAAAAGAGGUGGAGAAAUUGGCAAGGCUUCACCAAAAAAAUUAGUUGGAAUUGAUUCAGAAUAUAGUUCCUCAUUAGGGUCUGACAGUAGCGUAGGAGCCAAAGAUGAGGAAAAUAGCGAAGUUUUUGAUUUCAAAAGUUUGGUAGGAAAAUAUGGAGGAUCUUGUCAAGACUGUCUAGAUAGUCAUGUAAAUAGCUCAUCAUUGUCAGAAAUAAAAGAAGUUAAUUCUUGUGAAUCUCUGAAAAAUGUCGGAACAAACCAAACGCAAAACACAGAAACUGAAAUUGACAGUUCUAUAGAUAAACAAUCGGAUAGUGAAGAAUCUACGAAUGAGGAUUGUGUCAAAUUACGUCAUAUUAGAAAUCAUUUGAGAAAAACAAGUCAUCAUACACAUCGUCCAAAAUCUGUUGAGUUGGUCAGACGGCAUUCUUUGGCUCCUAACAUGUUUGGAGGAAUGGACACUAGCACUGAAGACAAUCAGUCUGCCUUUUCAUGGGAAGGUAAAAAAGUCAGGAAACUUCAAGGAAAGAGUCACCCAUUGACUAAACUAGAAUGGCGGAAAAAGUUUUAUAACACUAUGUAAUUCUAAAGAAUUCAGGUUUCAGAAAUUCAUAUAAAUGACCGUACACAUUGGCAUUGAAAGAAGAGAACUCUGUGACAAAGUCUGCUUGUAGUGAGAAAAAUUUCCAAGUUCUAAGAAAUUAGUUUGUUACUUAAUUUGCAACAAAAAAUGAAAAUAUCCAUUUUAUCAAAACUUCAAAUGAUCUUAAUGAUCAUUUCAAUGUUUGAUGAGCUUAAAUACUGUUAUGAUCGCAACCUUAACCUACUUAAGGAUCAAAGACCUCAUAAAAGUGUGAAUAACUGAAAGACUUUAUGGUCAAGUAAUUUUAAAGUUCGCUACUUUAGCAUCACCAGAGUAAGAAGGUGUCGUUUCUCAUCCGCCAGGUCUUGUAUUGGAGUUAGCUCUGUGAAGAAAAGUUUGCAUUGUUCUAAUUCAAGAUGCAACAUUGCUUGAAAAUAGAAAUAGAAUGUUAGAGUUAUUAAAACUAUUAGAUGAUCUUUAAAUAAAUUCUGGUGCACUAGAAAGAUAGAACUUCUGAAAUCAGUUGACUGUUAAUGUGAUACAAUCAUUCCAUUUUAGAAGCUGUACAUUUUGUUUGUUUGCCAGUUUGAGAUUUAAUAUUGUUAUAUAAGAUGUAUAAUGUCAUGUAUAGUUUCUGGUAGCUAAACUUUAAUGGAUAAGAUUAAACUUAAACUGUACACUAAAAAACUAAUCAAAACAGAAUCAUCGGUCCUUGACUAGUGUGGCCAGAUUUCCAUGUGUGUGACAGAGAUGUGGCUUUAAUAGGUAAAACUAGACAAGCAAUUAUAAAAUGCUGUACCUCAUUUAUGCAAAUUUAUUGCCUACUAUUUCAUGGAUCAUUAGCAUAAUCUCCACACCCUUUAUCUCUCGUUUCCAAAUUUGGGUUUGUUUUUUGAACACAUUUAACUGAAAAAGUUAAUCGCAGCCAGACAUUGUACUGACAUUGAAUCAUUUCUAAAAAUAGAAUAUACAUCAUCCAGCUGUGAUAUAGAGUUUGUUUUAUUUUAAUGUUUAUGGCCGAGUUAUAUUGGUGUUGAGUAAAUAAUUUAACAUUUGAUGUUUUUUUUGCAAGUAAGUUUUUUUUAAGAGUACAUGUUCUAAAAGUUUUAUGUUGGUUUUUUUUCAAAUAGAUUUGUUUCUAUUGUACGAUGUUUUUCUGCAUAUCAUUUUCAAAAUUGAAUUUUGCAUUUAUAAAAUCCUAUAUAUGUUGAAAAUAUAUAUUGAUAAAAGUUACAUGUCAGUUUUAUGUAGCUGGUUCUAUCAUAAACAUUCUUUGCAAUUGUAAUAUUUUCAGUUAGGGACAUACCAAGUUAUGUUGUAAUUGAGGCUAUUCUUAAUAUUAUCUGUUAAAAGUACUUUAAUUUGUAAAUACAAAAUGUAUCCAUAACUGUUGUACAUACAUACCUAUCAACUCCUCAAUACCUCCAUGGCGAUUUUAAGUGCUAGAGGACCUAAUUAUCUCUUGCAUGUUUACAUUUAUUAUAUUAUGGUUUAUUAUGAGCAUAUAGAUAUUAAAAUGGCAUUUUAAAUCCUUUAAAGUCCUUUUUUGGAGCUAUUCAUUUAAAACAAAGAGAAUUUCAAAAAUAUUUGAAAACUUAUGAAUCAGGAAAGUUGGUCGUUUUGGGUUCACACGCCUUACAAAGUUGCACACAAAGUUUCUGGUCUAAUUUCGGUAAUUUUUCCCAUGAAUUAAAAAAUUUGCAUCUUUCUGAAAUAUUAACUUGUUUAUUUGAUACAUUUUUUAAACUUUAGAGUUUUGGAAUCAAGCAUUCUUCAUAGAAUCAAAUAAAAUCCCAUAUUGAUACUUAAAAUAACUUGUACUUUUUAUACUCCUAAUAGGGUAUAAUCCAAAUUACAUGUAGUGUAGAUCACAGAGGUUCACAUUUGUAAAAUUCAUUAUAAAAGUAACAACUGAUAACAAUUAAAUCUUUGUAAUUCUUUUGAAUGGUAGUUCUUAUUAAUAUAUUUCAAUCAAUUGUAAAAAUUAACCCAAUAUUGUAAACAAAGAUAUUUUUACCGCAUCACAUAUCAGCGUGAUUUUUGCGAUUUGCAAUAAGGCUAUCACUGAACUGUUAAAUCUUUCAUGUUUCAUGUAUGUAACAUCCCAAAUACUUAAUAUUUUUCUUAAAUUUUGCAGAAAUGCAAUGGCAACCAAAGAAGAAAAACAGAUUGUAUCAAAUAUUCCUUUGUUUGUUUGCCAUUAGUCAAUUGCAUUGAGUGUGUAGGUAAAUGCAAUAUCUUUGAUUAGCUUGCUUGCUAGCUGAACUGUGAAGUAAUUGUCAGGUAGUAAACUACCAUCCUUUCAAAGUGACAUAGUCCAACAAGCAAGAUAAAUUGGUUAUCUGUUGGACUAGUCUACUCGUAAAGGAGGGUAGUUUACCUGACCUAACAAUGACUUCACGGUUCAGCUAACAAGCAAGCUUACCAAACAUAUCACCUUUACCUACACACUCAAUGUAUUAGGCUGUAAAUAUUCCCUUGUUUACCAUUAAUUCCUAUUGUACUACUGUAUCUUCUUGAGGUGCUGUAAGCGUGUGUGUUAGCAUGAACAUCUAUUGUGGUGCUUUACCAAUUGUGCAAUUAGAUAUUUAUCAUCUGAUGUAAACAUUUGUUAUAGUCAAUAAACAUUAAGCUAUUUUUA